AUGCUGACAAAAGCUGCAAAGAGAGAAAAAUUACGUUUGUUAAAAGAAGCUAGAAAGACGGGAGGAAGAGUUUUGCUAGAUUCUGAUGACGAAACCAACUUGAACGAAAUAUAUGAUGAGGUGGACGAGGAGACUUUUAGGGAACAUAAAAGACACCAAUUGAUAAAUGAUGAUUUCAUUGUUGAUGAUAAUGGUGAGGGAUACGUUGAUAACGGUACUGAUGAAUGGGACGACUCGUCAAGACCAAAUUAUUAUUCUGAUGAAGACGACAUAGCUUCAAAUAAAAAAAGGCAUAAGAAGAAAGAUGGACAAAGACCCACGAAAAUUGCAAAGACAGCGCCAAUCAACAAUUUCUUUAAACCAACUACAAGAAACAAGGAUGUGAAAAAAGUGGAUAUGAACAUUGACGAUAUUCUUGAUGGCUUUGGGGAUGUGCCACAGAAGAAAGUCAACAUGGCAAAAUCGUUUGCAAAUUUUAAAAAAUCGACCAUCAACAAAAAGAAGAAACCAAACACCACAUUCACAUUUUCCACCAUCACCAAAGAAAGAAAGUCGCCUUCGGUUGAAGCAUUCAAUGCAUCAUCAGACUACACUAUGGAUUUCGAUGAAGUUGAACAACCUUCAUCUCCUGUAACAACUAUUGCUAGCGAUGCUGUUCAAGAAAAGGAGAAUUUUGAUCCCGACUCAUCUCCUCGAAAAGAGGUAACGAAUAAGAAAGCUGAUCUGGGACCGGAGAUAGAUGAAAGUGAUUCAGACGAUGAUGUUAUCUUCGCAAAGAGACCAAAAACUGCGGGCGUCAAGAGAGAAAACAAUACCACCACAAUAUCCUCUAUCAAAGCUAGCACAAUCUCAUCAUCGCCUUCAAGACAACCUUACACUACAUUUGUUCAGCACACUGAGAAAUUGGACGAACUGAAUGUGAGUAGCGAAACCGGAAGCUUUAAAAUGUUUUGGUUAGAUUACGCUGAAGUUGAAAACUCGUUGUUACUUUUUGGAAAGAUUCAAACCAAAGAUGGGAAAGUGGCAUCUGGAGUUGUUCAGGUAAAUGGACUUUGUCGUGAGUUGUAUAUCUUGCCAAAGGUGAAUGAAGGUUCUGGUAAAAAUGAAAGAUUCAGCACUGAUGACGUUCGUGAGGAGAUCACCCCCAUCUUCAUGGACAAUUAUAAAUUGGAAACCCUCAGGGCAAAGCCUGAAACCAAAAAGUAUGCAUUUGAGUUGGCUAAUAUACCCAAAGAGAUAGAGUAUUUGAAAGUUUUAUUACCAUAUAAUACGGCUACGAACAGAAGGGUUCUUCCAGCCGACACCGAAGGGGAAACGUUCAAUCACAUAUUUGGAACUAAUGCAAACAUGUUUGAAUCUUUUGUCACACAAAGAAAUAUUAUGGGUCCAUGCUGGCUUGAAAUUCAAGGAGGGGAUUUUGAUGCCAUUCGAAAUUCAUCUCAUUGUCAAAUUGAAGUUGCUGUCGCUCUGCCGGGGAAAAUAAGUGUUGUGGACAAGUCCCCACCACCUGCUCCCAAUUUAACAUGCACUUCGAUCUCGGUACAAACAGUGAUGAAUCCAAAACAAAACAAACAAGAAGUAGUUUCUGUCUCUUUAGCAACAUACUACAACUUACCUCAAGAUGCUCCGAUCCCGGAAGACUUGAAACCGGAUGAUAUCAUUACAUUUGCUCGACCUGUUGGUACAGUUUCAUUCCCACCAGGAAUGACACAGUUAGCAACAAAGGAACAGUUUGAGUUACGGACGUGCCCGAAUGAAAAGGUCUUGUUGAAUGCCGUUGCUGCAAAAAUCAAGACGAUUGAUCCAGACAUAUUUGUUGGUCAUCGGUUGGAAAACAUUUCUUUAGAUGUGUUGGUACAUCGAAUGCAUGAUAAUCAAGUCACUACAUGGUCUACAUUAGGUCGCAGAAACAGAAAGCAAUGGCCCCAUGCAAUCAACAAACAUGGUUCAGGCUUCAACAAUAACUUGCUUAUUCGUGAGGUUUUCCGGGGAAGGUUAUUGUGUGACAUUGCAAACGAAAUGGGACAGUCAUUGACACUGAAGUGUCAAUCAUGGGACUUAGUUGAAAUGUAUGACGUUGUUUGUCACAAGAAACACAAUGCAUUGGACAUCAAUUACCAAAAUCCAAGAUUCUUUGAAGAUGCAACAUUAUUUAUGCUUGCAUUGAAAGAGAACGAAGUCAAUGUAAAGAUAGCAAGUGAAGUAGCUUUCGCCACUCAAAUACUUUCAUUGUCAAAACAGUUGACCAACAUUGCUGGUAAUGCUUGGAGUCAUACCUUAAGUGGUACUAGAGCAGGUAGAAAUGAGUACAUUCUAUUGCACGAGUUUAGGAGAAACAACUAUAUUGUACCAGAUAAAGAGGAUUCAACCCACAAGAAUACAUCGUUCCAGCAAGAAGCACAAUUGGAAAACGCCGACGAAGAUGUGCAAACAGCAACAUCGAAUAAAAAACCCAAGUACCAAGGUGGUUUGGUUUUUGAACCAGAGAAGGGUUUGCACAAAAAUUAUAUAUUGGUUAUGGACUUUAACUCAUUGUAUCCUAGCAUCAUUCAGGAAUAUAAUAUUUGCUUUACAACAGUUGACAGGGCUAGAUUCAAUACUACACAUAAUGAAGAUAAGGAUAUGCCUUUGAUUCCAGACAAUGAUUCAGAAAGAGGAGUGUUGCCACGAUUGUUAAAUACACUAGUCACACGACGUAGAGAAGUGAAGAAGCUUUUGAAGGACCCAAAGAACACACCCUUUCAGAGAGCUCAGUAUGAUAUCAAACAGCAAGCUUUGAAAUUGACGGCAAAUUCCAUGUACGGCUGUUUAGGUUAUGUAAACUCUAGAUUUUAUGCAAAACCGUUGGCAAUGUUGGUGACAAACAAAGGUCGUGAAAUUUUGAUGGACACGAGACAACUUGCUGAAGCAUCUGGCUUGAGGGUUGUGUAUGGAGAUACUGAUUCCGUCAUGAUUGAUACAGGUGCUCAAAGUUUGAAGGAGGCUAUUAAAUUUGGAGAAGAUUUCAAGUUACAAGUCAAUGAAAGGUAUAGAAUGUUGGAGAUUGAUAUCGAUAAUGUAUUCAAGCGUUUGUUGUUACAUGCCAAAAAGAAAUAUGCUGCCAUGAAUGUCUCAGUGAAUAAAGCUACUGGCGAAGAAGUGUCAACGUUGGAGGUUAAAGGAUUGGAUAUGAGAAGACGUGAAUAUUGUCAGCUUUCAAAAGAUAUUUCAACAUUUGUGUUGAUGAAAAUAUUGUCUGAUUCAGAUCCUGAAGAAGCUUUACAGGAUGUCUACUCGUACUUGGAGGAAAUGCGAGACAAGAUUCUACGUAAUGAGAUCCCUGUUGACAGGUUCAAAAUCAACACUAAACUUUCAAAGGAUCCCAACAACUACCCUAAUGGAAAGUCGAUGCCUCAAGUACUGGUUGCACUUCGUUUGAAAAACGAAGGAAAAGUUAUCAAGGCAGGUAGUGUAAUAUCAUACGUUGUCACUGCUCCCACCAAUGAGACUGACAAAUCCACAGUUGCUGAAAGAGCGAGAGCAUUACAAGAAUUGUUGUCAAAGAAAUUGGAUUUAAAACCAGACCCAAUGUUUUACCUCGAGAAGCAGAUAUUUGCCCCUGUUGAGAGGUUGUUAGACAAGAUUGAUUCUGUUGACAUGAUGCGAGUAGCAACAAGUUUAGGCAUUGACACCAAACGUUAUAUCCUCAAGGUGAAGAAUGAAGGUUUCAAUGGAGAAAUCGCGUCUAUUGAAUCAAACAUUUCAGAUGAUGAGAGAUUUAGACAAUCUAGUUAUCUUGUUUUGAAAUGUAAUUGUGGUCAUGUAUUCCGAUAUGGUGGCAUACAAUCUUCGAACGAUUAUAAAGUUACUUUUAACGGUGUCACAUGCAAAAGAUGUGACUAUACCUUCCCUACAAUAAAGCUCACAGCUCAACUAGAAGCAACAAUAAGAAAACACAUUGCAUUAUACUAUUGUGGUUGGUUAGUUUGUGAUGAUAACUCAUGUGGCAUUGAAACAAGACAAAUCUCAGUGUACGGAAAACGAUGCAUCGGAACUUCAGGUAAAGGCUUGGAUUGUAGAGGAGUCAUGAGAUACAGGUAUACCGAUAAAGCAUUGUACAAUCAAUUGUUAUAUUUUAAUUCCAUCUUUGAUGUGGAAAAGACAAAAGCAGGUAAAUUGAGACCAAUAGUUGAUGCACUUGAGACUUCUGGCAGUGAAGAGCAACAGAAAUUGGCUCAAGGUCAAGUUGAUGCUUUGGCGGAGCAGAAUAAGGAAUUAUUUGGAUACUGUCAAGAUGUAGUUCUGAAAUAUCUUGGGGAGUGUGGACGUAGGUAUGUCAAUAUGGGUUCAAUUUUCGAUUUUAUGGCUUAA